AUGCCAAUUUCUACCGAAACGACAAUGGCAACAACAUCUACUUGGGACAUAGACGAUCCACAACAAAGUUUUAACUGUAGUGAUUUACUUCUGGAACAGAUACAAAAAAUGAAAGAACAGAUCGAUAUUUAUCAAGAACAAAUCGAUGACAAGAAAAAUUCUCUUCUUGGAUUCACAACACAAAUCGAAGAUAUGAUAAUAAAUUAUGUUCAAGAACAUCAUUUAAAACCAUUAGAACUGAAAAGAAAAUUAAAAAUGGCUCUACUCUAUUAUGAUUUCGAUACCGAAAUAUUAAAAAGGCAAUAUUUACAAGAGAAACCUAACGAUUAUCAAAUUAAAAUGGCUCAAACAUUAUAUGAUACUAAACGGGAAGCGGAAAAAUCGAAGCGACAUUUAUUAGAAUUAAAAGAACAAGUCUUUUAUGAUAAAUGUUUAUUGAAAUUGGAUUCAGUCGAAACAUCAAUCAUACCUAAAGCUGAUAAAGAUGAUGAAAAAACUUUUCCCACUUCUGAUAAAAAUCCUGAACUGAAAAAUAUUGAUCUGAUGAUGAUUAAACUCCUUCAAGCUGAAACUAAAUUUUAUCGAGAUCAAAAAACUUUCGACGAUCAACUGUCAACAAUGUGGAGCAAUCAUCGAAAUGCAGUGCCAAAUCAGCUAAUGCCUACAGUAUUAAUCAAUAUUAUUGAAAAAAGUUUGGAAAAAAUUAAAGAUCGAUGGCGUGCAAUUUACAAAUAUCGGAGUGAAUUUUAUCUUCAAAAUUCAUAUGAUGAUAUGGAAACCAAAUCGAUCAAUGACAUCGAUGUUGACAUGCAAUACUUUGGACGUUCAUUAUUUGUGAUCAUGGAUACGAAUUACAAAUUUCCUGAUCAACAUUUACAAUUAAUAAGUCGAGGACCUACUUAUGUACCACCAUUUCAAUUAUCCAUUAAUUCAUCAAUUCAAACAAUAGAAGAUAGAAUUAAGAAACAAUUUGCACCAUUAAAACAUCAACUGAAUAGUCUAUUUUCCAAUAAUCAUAUUAAUUUAGGAUUAUCCAUGGAAAUCAACAACAAAAUGAUGGAUGCAUUCAGAGAAAAUUUUUCAUUAACAAUACCAGAAGUCUAUGAACAACGUGCCAAGUACGAGAGAAAAUUAAUUCAAACAAUUCGAUAUCUAUUAAUGAACAAUAAUCUUAUAUUACGCCGAACAGCUGAUAAUAGAAAUACUUUCUAUGUUGGAAAUCGUUCUGAUUUUGAAACCAAAGCCAAUGAUUAUUUAAGUCAAUCUGAUUCUAUUAAAUUCAUAACUGAUAUGGAUGAUAAUCAGGAAUGGAAAAAUGAAAAUAAAGAAAUGAUUGAUUCAAUGAACUUUUUAUUGGAACAAUUAAAAAACCACAAAGCCAUUACGAAUGAUAUCUAUGAGCAAUUAUUGAUUAAUAUUGAUAAAGUUCAAUUGCAAGAUUUAUAUUUUCUACCUGACAUUUCCAAAGAAAAUCAAAUUUUAUUGGUACCCUACAUCGUCACACAUCAUAGUGCAACAACGAAACUUGGUAAAAUUUUACAUCAAGUACUACAACCAUUUGUGAAUAAAGUAUUAAAACCGACCACAUUUCGUGAUGACAUGGAUUUUAUUAAAAAAUUUAUUUCUUAUAAUGAAAAAGAACAUCUUCUUCAACAGCAUACCAUUUUUUGUACAAUUGAAAUAACUAAUUUUUCAACGUUAGAUAAUCAUACAAACAUGAUAGAUACUAUCGGUUACUUCUUAAAAGAUAAUUUAGUAUCUAAUAAAUUGGAAGAUUUUACUGUUCAAACCAUUAAAAAUCUUCUCUAUAUAUUCUUAAAUAGUAAUGCCUUUGUAUAUAACAAAAGACUCUAUAAAAUAACGAAGGGUUGUCCAACAACGAUGCCUUUAUCAGAAACUUUAUCAAAUAUUUAUAUAUUUCAAUGGGAAAAAAUGAUUUUUGAAUACUUAAGAAAACAAAAUGAAUUCUUCGGCAGACACAAAAAUCAAGUAUUUUUCACAUGGACUAAUGAAACUGUCGAUGAACUUACAAUUUUCUUACAGGAUAUAAAAGAUAAACGUCUAGACGUUCAUUUUCGACAAUUAACUGGAUAUAACGUAGUCUUUUUAAAUACUUUUAUUGAAAAUCAAGAAGGCCAAUUCUACAGUAGAAUUUAUCAUCAUCCAGUUCUUCCACGAUUUACAUUGCCUUACAUCGUCGGUCAUUCAAAAUCUGGUCAUAGUGAUUGGCUACGUUCUGCAUUAAUUCGAGCUGUUUGUUGCUGUUCAUCAAUCGAAGAUUUUCAUCGUGAACGUAUUUAUCUCGAAGUAUCCUAUCUAAUCAAUGGUUACUCUUUAUUAUUUAUUGAAACUCAUAUUCAACAUUUUUUCGAAUACUUUCAUACACCUCAUUUACGAUACACAAACAAUCAGACUGAAUAUGAUCAAUUUCGAAAACAAUGGUUGCACUAUAUGGAUAUACGAUAUGUUAAAACGGAUCAACUUCAAGUUUUGGAUAAUCAAGCGCGUCUCAUCCGGCUACAUUAUCUAUAUGAAUGGGGUCCUAUAUGUGAAUAUAAUCAAAAAUUUCUUCAAUUAUGGUCUCAAUAUUUUCGUCAUCAUCCAAUAUUGUCUAAUGACAACUCCAAAUUAUUGAUAUCAACAAAACAUCAAUAUUCAUUGAACGCUUUAAUUGGACUAGAGAAAUAA